AUGCACAAAAUGAAAUUUCUUAUCUUGUCCUUUACGGCGCUGGCAUGCCAAGUGUUCUUACAGGCCAGGGGUUCCACUGUGACUGUUAACGAUGGUGGAUAUGAGGGCAUUGUAAUUGCAAUUAAUUCAAAUGUACCAGAAAACCUGCAAAUAAUUACAAAUAUCCAGGAUAUGGUCAGACAAGCCAGUCGCUCUCUGUUUAAUGCUACCAAAUACAGGCUUUACUUUCAGAAUGUAAAGAUAUUAAUUCCUUCAACUUGGUCAAACCAGAAUUAUACCAGAUCUAAAACAGAGACAUAUGACCAGGCAGAUGUUGUCAUUGCCAGUCCUUACAUUCCUACUGAUAAUGGUCCCUAUACCCUGCAAUACGGACAAUGCGGAGAGCCAGGAAGAUAUAUACACUUGACUCCCAACUUCAUGUUAACGGAUAUGACCAGUAUCUAUGGGCCCAGAGGGAAAGUGCUUCUUCAUGAAUGGGCUCACCUCCGAUGGGGUGUUUAUGAUGAGUACAAUCUAAAGACACCUUUCUACUUCUCAUCUUCAGGCAAUAAGUCCUUACAAGCGACAAGGUGUUCAAGUCAAAUAACUGGUAUCUUUGUGAACAAAACAAUGACAUCUAAGGGGCCGGCAAGCUGCACAAGUAAUAAUAUAACACGCUAUAAUGCUGAGUGUCAAUUUCUGCCAAAUACACGCCAAAAUGUUAAGAGUUCCAUUAUGUAUAUGCAAAGCCUGGAUAGUAUAACUGAAUUUUGUGAUUCCACUAAUCAUAACAUUGAAGCUUCAAACCUGCAAAACAAAAUGUGUAACUCCAGAAGUACAUGGGAUGUCAUCCAGAAAUCCACUGACAUAAGCUCCACACCACCAAGGUCUAACGCCAGUGUUCCUGACACCAGCUUCACAUUGCUGCAACCUAAACAAAGGACUGUGACUCUUGUACUUGAUGUUUCAGGAAGUAUGAGUGGCUAUAACCGCAUUGGACGACUUAAUCAAGCGGCUUCCAUAUUCUUACUACAGAUCAUUGAAACAGGAUCUUCUGUUGGAAUUGUUUCCUUCUCGUCAGAUGCAUACAUCCUUUCAGAGUUGGUCAAAAUAGAAAAUAAUACACAACGCGAGAGUCUACAAUCCCUUCUUCCAACCACAGCUAGUGGAGGAACUGACAUUUGCAAAGGAACACUGACCGGGAUUGAGGUAAACAAAAAAGGUGAUAGAUCGGCUUAUGGAACAGAAAUUUUGUUACUCACAGAUGGAGAAGAUUCAACAUUUGAUAAUAAGAUUUGCUUUCAGAGUAUUAUAGACAGUGGAGUUAUUGUCCAUUCAAUAGCUCUAGGACCCUCUGCAUCAAUAGGUCUUGAAGAUAUUUCUAAUAUUACAGGUGGAAUAGUUUAUACAGCAACAGACAUUCUAGAUGCCAAUGGUUUGAUUAAUGCCUUCAGUGGACUACAGUCUGGAAGUGGAAAUGUCACUCAGCAGGUCAUUCAGCUGGAGAGUUCUGCAUCCUCCCUUGCACCAUAUACCUGUAUGAAUGGCACCAUUGUUAUUGACAGCACCGUGGGUUUUCAAACAGUCUUUACUGUAACAUGGAAAAACUUAGUACCAAGAAUUAAUAUACAAGACCCAAAUGGGAUUGUGUACAGUGCUACAAACUUCUCGAAUGACACCGUUUCCAAAUUAUCAAGCUUUGAGAUCCCAGGAAAAGCUCAGAAUGGACCUUGGCAGUACAGGAUUUGUAAUUUGAAUACAGCAGCUGAAGCAAUAUCAAUUGUCGUGAACUCUAAGGCAGCAGAAAAGAGUAUACCGCCAGUUAUUGUUGAGGCUCAUAUGAAUAGUGGACAAGGCAAAUACCCCAGUCCAAUGGUCAUAUAUGCAUUGGUUAGUCAAGGGCUAUUACCUGUGACGGGGGCCAGUGUUACAGCUCUUAUUGAAGAUAAGAAUGGAAAGACAACGGCUUUAAAACUUUUGGACAAUGGUUCAGGUGCUGAUGUUGUUAAAAAUGAUGGCGUCUACUCAAGAUUUUUCAUUGCUUACACUCAAAAUGGAAGAUACAGCUUAAGUGUGCGUGUAGCCGGGAAAAACAGCAGUCUCUCGACUCUCCGUUUAAAUCGCGCACUAUAUGUUCCUGGUUAUGUAGAGAAUGAUAAAAUUAUCAUGAAUCCUCCCAAUCCAAUGGAGAAUAUUACUAUUCAGGUUAAUGUAGGAGACUUUAGCAGGGUAUCUUCAGGUGGUUCUUUUGUGGUAUCUGACAUCCCUGCAGUUAUCAACCAAGAUGUCUUUAAACCUGCAAAGAUAACUGACUUGGAAGCUAGCAUAAAUAAUGAUACCGUGAUAAUAUCCUGGACAGCUACUGGAGACGAUCUGGACCAGGGAAAUGCCUCAAGAUAUGACCUGAGAAUGAGUAAAGAUCCCAGUGCUCUCCUGGACAGCUUUAACACCUCUACUCCAGUGAAUAUUUCCAGCAUCACACCUCAGCCAUUCGGAGCCACAGAAACAUUUACCUUCAUUCCAGAAAAUAUUGUGAUAGAGAAUGGCACAAUCCUGUACUUUGCCAUAAUAGCAAUAGAUGAAGCCUCUCAGGCAUCAGAUACAUCCAACAUAGCGCAGGCAUCCUUCAUCAUACUUAAAAUACCAACUGCCACAACAGUGGGAUACACGUCUACUACUACUACUCAAUCAUCCACUAAUUCUACUAACGAUGAUCCAAAUUGUUCUGUUCAGAUUAGUGUCAUGGCUUCUGUUGGUAAAUCCCUGAUGGAUGUCAUUAACUUAGAACUGACCCGACGCAGCUCAUCACAGCGAAACCCGCUAUGA